CUGGUGUGUUGUAGGGUCGGCCUGUGAUGAACUCAAAUGGAGAAGCUCGGGAUCUGAGUGGGUCUACAGUUCCUCACCUUCUACAAUCCUGAAUGAAGAGUCUGAUGCGCGCAGGGGGGAAAAGCCCCGGGGGUCGUGUUCUCAUUGGCUGGGGAAAACUUCAGGAGCAUCUGAUUGGCCCCAAACUAGAUUCCUGGAGUUGGAUGGACACCAGAAGGUUUUUAAUGUUCACACACACACACACACACCGAGAGAAAUCAGACAGGGAGAGAAAGAGGAAAGUGCAGCGCGCCUUUUGCGCACCGGUCCCGUCCAGUGUGAGUUUGGUGAGUUUGUGUGGACUUUGGGUUCGACCCCCUGAUGGAGAGAGAAGGCGUGUAGCGAGCCCACACCAGUAGAGGAUGCGCUUCAGUGCGCUGCUGUGUGUCUGGACUCUGCUCGGGCUCGGCUCGGGCUGCCAGCUGCCCACCGACUGGAGACCCCUGAGUGAAGGAUGUCGCGCCGAGCUCGCUGAGAUCAUCGUGUACGCCAGGGUGCUGGCUCUGUACCGGGAGCCCUACUACCCGCUGCGCGCGAGCUACGCCGCCGGACACCCGUACGCCUACGAGUACGCGCGCGCGGGCGGUUCGGAGCGCGCGGAGGCUCUGCUGUACACCGCGGAGCUCGAGAUGCUGUGUGACCAGGCCUGGGGCAGCAUGCUGGAGGUGCCCGCGGGGUCGCGACUCAACCUCACCGGGCUCGGGUACCUGUCCUGCCAGUCUCACACGGUGAUGGAGAACUACUCCUACAUCUUCUUCCUCAGGAUGGAUGAAAAUUAUAACCUCCUUCCACAUAGUGUUAACUAUCAGGAGGCUAUCUUCCCUGACACCCAGGAGAACCAACGCAUGUUCUCCAGCCUGUUCCAGUUCUCGAACUGCUCCAGUGCUCACACACUCCUCAGGCCUGACUGGGAGCAGCAGGAGGAUCAUAGGUUGCUGUGCUCAUCCGUGCAGCAGGCCCUGUUUGAGGAAGAGGAUCGUGCGGGCCGUCUGCAGGAGCGCGUCACUGAACUGGACAAGAAGAACCAGAAGCUGAAAGAUCGUGUGGGGAAGCUGAAGCGCUCGCUGCGCAAAGAGCGUAAAACAAGUCGGCGUUACGAACGCGAGCUCCGGGAGCUCCGACAGCAGCUGAGCAGCAACAAGAAGAAGUCUGAACAUCACCUCAACUCCAUCGCUCCUCCACACAGGCCGUCACGCCACAGACACACACACACACUGUGAACCGAUCAUAUGUAACACACACAUGUAACAACAGGAUUCGGACUCGACACUGCUGGACAGUAUCUUAUUUUAAAGUACGUCUGAGAAAGUGCGAAAGUUUGCACACCCUUAGGAUGGAAUGAAGGCAAGAAGUUAACGUUGUACAAAUGUUCACCCACUCUUAUAACCACAAGAAAGGAAAAUAUGCAAAAAGUAUACAAUAAGAUAUUAACAGUAAAAAAGUAAAUAAAUAUACUCUUGUCUUCUAAAUAAUUCUUGGAAACCUGACAAAACUUUCACCCAAAAUGUUAUUCUUUUUGACUUUUUGAUUUAUUUGAAACAUUUCCUUCCAUUAAGGAUUUAGGGGUGUGCAAACUUUUGCUCUCAUUUGUAAAUUCCAUUGCUCUUGAUCGUAUUUUCUCCAACAUCUUUCUCAUUU